ACGUCUCAUCGGCUGAGAGGUGAGAGAGGUCUACCACGCGCGCACACUACCGCGCAAGCGGAUCGACGGAGAGGUUAUCUAGCUAGAAGAUAGGACACCGAGUGGUGUUAGGAAUCUAGGAGCGAGAGAGAGAGGGGUGAUGGCCUCGGAGGCGGCCAAUGGGAGCCUGGCCAACGAGAAGGCGCCGGAGACGGUGGGCGUCGGCCGGUACGUGGAGAUGGAGCAGGACGGCGACUCCAGCACCGUCAAGUCGCGCCUCUCCGGCCUGCUCUGGCACGGCGGCUCGGCCUACGACGCCUGGUUCAGCUGCGCCUCCAACCAGGUGGCUCAGGUGCUCCUGACCCUGCCCUACUCCUUCUCGCAACUGGGGAUGGUGAGCGGCAUCUUGUUCCAGCUCUUCUACGGCCUGAUGGGCAGCUGGACGGCGUACCUCAUCAGCAUCCUCUACGUGGAGUACCGGACCCGGAAGGAGCGGGAGAAGAAGGCCGACUUCAGGAACCAUGUCAUCCAGUGGUUCGAGGUGCUGGACGGGCUGCUCGGGAAGCACUGGCGGAACGUCGGCCUGGCCUUCAACUGCACGUUCCUGCUCUUCGGCUCCGUCAUCCAGCUCAUCGCCUGCGCAAGCAACAUCUACUACAUCAACGACAAGCUGGACAAGCGGACGUGGACCUACAUCUUCGGCGCUUGCUGCGCCACCACGGUGUUCAUCCCCUCCUUCCACAACUACCGGAUAUGGUCCUUCCUCGGCCUCGUCAUGACCACCUACACCGCCUGGUACCUCGCCAUCGCCUCCCUCAUCCACGGCCAGGUUGAUGGCGUGAAGCACUCCGGGCCGACCAAGAUGGUGCUCUACUUCACCGGGGCCACGAACAUCCUCUACACCUUCGGCGGGCACGCUGUUACUGUGGAGAUCAUGCACGCGAUGUGGCGUCCCCAGAAGUUCAAGGCGAUCUACCUGCUGGCGACGCUGUACGUGCUGACGCUGACGCUGCCGUCGGCGGCGAGCGUGUACUGGGCGUUCGGCGACGAGCUGCUGACCCACUCCAACGCGCUGGCGCUGCUCCCGCGCACGGCGUUCCGCGACGCCGCCGUCGUGCUCAUGCUCGUUCACCAGUUCAUCACCUUCGGCUUCGCCUGCACGCCGCUCUACUUCGUGUGGGAGAAGCUCGUCGGCCUCCACGACUGCCGCAGCCUCUGCAAGCGCGCCGCCGCGCGCCUCCCCGUCGUCGUGCCCAUCUGGUUCCUCGCCAUCAUCUUCCCCUUCUUCGGGCCCAUCAACUCCGCCGUCGGCUCCCUUCUCGUCAGCUUCACCGUCUACAUCAUCCCGGCGCUCGCGCACAUGAUCACCUUCCGCUCCGCAACCGCCCGUGAGAACGCGGUGGAGCCGCCGCCGCGGCUGGUAGGGCGGUGGACGGGGACGUACAUCAUCAACACGUUCGUGGUGGCGUGGGUGCUGGUGGUCGGCUUCGGCUUCGGCGGCUGGGCCAGCAUGACCAACUUCGUGCGCCAGAUCGACACCUUCGGCCUCUUCACCAAGUGCUACCAGUGCCCGCCGCCGCCCCUCCCGCCGGGCGCGCCCCUGCCGUUCCCCGGCGGCCUCAGCAACAUCACCAUGCCGUUCGGCGGCGGCGCAGGCGGGCACCCGCCGGCCGCGGCCCCGGCGCCGGCGCAUUCCCUCCACCACCACCGGCAUCACAGCCACGGGCUCUGAACUCUGAAGAGAGACGAUCAGCGCCAGCUACCUGAGCAUCACCCUGCUUCAGUUCCAGCUAAUCCAGUAGUUAGUCUAGCUUAAUCAGCAGCCGCACCAGCAUCUUCGCAGUCGCAGACUUCUCUAGCUUGUUGUUGCCGCUCGCUUUCCCGGGUUCAGUGGCUUCACAAAGGCUGACGAGGGUGUAUCGCUGUAUCAGUAGCAUGGAGUCUCUUGUGUUCCGCGCUGUGUCCUGGCGUGGAGCUCAAAAAAGAGGAAUAUUUCUACCGGCGGCAGCGGCAGAUGCCAAUGCAACUAUGCAAGUCUAGCUGCCUGCUGCUUUCUCUCA